CAACUUUCACAAGGCCAGUCAUAACACAAGUAUAAUGUGUAAUAUAGACAGGAUCUUAGUUGGGGUUUAUGUAACGGGGCCAAAGCCUCGUCCAUGUUAAAGGUGCGGACUCAGUUACGUGACCUGAUGUCAAUACGCAUCGGUCCAAUCCACAGUAGAAACUUCGACCAUAUUGUAAGUGGUCAGGGAACGCUUGGGUUGCGAGGAUCUGCUCUAACAGUUUUAAGUGCAGAUCUGGCUAUUAAAGGGAAACGGGAAGAUCGGGUAUCAGAGAGCAAGGGAGAGAAUAAAUAUAUUGAAUCUUGUUAGUCAUGUAUGCUCUGUGUUGGGGUAUGUGGGAUAAGGGACAAGAAUUCCUAAGUGCCCCUUGUAGACUUCUUCAACUGAUCUUUUGCUUGAUCGUGUAUAUGUCUCUCUGGUUCUCCAAGCCCUGAAGAUGCCUCCCCCUAGGUCUACUACUGAGAAUUUUUCAAAGUAUCUUAAGGGAGAAAAACACCCAUCGCCUACUGGAUUUCAAGUGGCACCAAACUCCCUUCAAUCUUCUGAAAAUCCCAGCUUAUCCAAAUCAGGCAGAACAAGGGCUUAAAGCUGAGUUUCCCACAUCCCAGGUGCGUGUCCUGACCACUGGGCUAUUGGCUAGUCAAGGAGAAGGCCUUCAUGUUGUUUUCCAUGAAAAAUUUCAAAAGGUCUCGUUUUUGUCCUGAUGCAGAGCAAAAACAAAUUUCAAAACUUCAUUUUUUUUCUUUUUUUUUUUUGCAAACGGAAUUCUUGCCCUAAUCCUGAGCACCCACAAUUUCAGCUGAGGUCAAGAGGAGGUCCAGGUAUGGAAAAACUGGUCCCAAGUUUGUUCAGCCACACCUACCCGUAACUCACUUGAUUCUGCACUUCCAGUUUCUCAGAGCGUGUUCUAUAUUGGUAAAACAAUCUUUUUUCUUUUUUUUUUUAAAACUCUCCAGAGCAUUUAUUGGUAUCCGGUGCCCUCAAUGCCAGGUCUCAGCCUUGACCUUCGCCGGAACCAAGAAUGAAAUGUGUGUGUUUUGUUAGAAAUGGAGCCAAGACUCUGUUUGUAUUUCUAAAUCACCUGCAUUUCUUCCCAUGCCCUCCUCCCCACAUGUAUCUAUUUAACACCAGCCAUGGUAUGAAAGACAAGACCCUGAAGCAUAUAGGAAGUGGAGUGACUGAGACUGUCCCUACCAUUCGCUCAUGAUGCUGAAACUACUCCUCCUCGCUGUCUUUGUCCUCUGUGGUAAGUGGGUUUUUGGUUUUCUGACGCGGUGAUGUCUUGCAUUCUGGUGCUAAGAAAAUUAUUGGUUACCACCCACGUUGCAGUAGCAUUUAGAGGCCUCAGCCAGGCUAGGGACCUGUUGUGCUUGGCCCUGUACGAACAUAGAAAAUAAAAAUCCCCACCCCAAAGAGGUAGCUGGAGGGGCACAUCCAGAAUAGGUAUUAGCAGGGGCAAAUCCACCAAAGUCUAAGCUAGGACUGAAGUCUUCAUGGAAAUGGGCUUUGCAGCGCCUGGUUUUGCCCCACUGUGCACUGAUCUACAUGAGAAAAUCCUCCAUCACCUCAGAAGAGAGGCUGUGUCCAUCUUGCCUCCAGAAGUUUAAUCUCUUCCCUAGUCCCCCUGGGCCUCACAGGUUUCAAAGUUGCUCUGCUCCCAACAUUUGCCAUUGGGUCCUUCAGACUUUCAAGAGGUCCACACGCAAUGUGUAUCCAGUUCUCCUGGAAAACUGGCCCCCCACUGUGGAUGCCAAGUAAGGUUGAACAUCUGCCCCCUCAUCAUUAAAGCUGGGAUGCCUGGCACUCAGAGUGCUUCAUUUCCCUUCUCACACUCUAUCUCGGAGGAGUUGGAGCAGGAAAAUGUUCUCGGCGAGAAAGGGAGUAAAAACAAGUCUAGAUUCCCAUCCUGUAACGGAAACAGCAGAGAGGCGAUGGGAUUUGGGGUUCCUCCUGCAAUACGCAGAGGCUAUUCCAGAUGUUGUUCCUUCUUUACUCCUGAAGGACACUGCUUGGAAGAGUCGCUGGAAGACAAUGGGCGCGUUGUCGGAGGGAGUAAUGCAAAGCAAGGUGCAUGGCCAUCGCAGAUUUCCCUCCAGUAUAGCUCUGGUGGAAAAUGGUAUCACACCUGCGGUGGGUCGUUGGUGAAGAAGAACUGGGUGAUGACUGCAGCUCACUGCGUGGACAGUUCCUUGACUUUCCGGGUGGUCGCCGGAGAGUACAACCUGAAUAAGAACGAUGGCACGGAGCAGUAUUUGAGCGUGGCGAGUAAGGUCAUCCAUCCUAAAUGGAACAGCAACUCUGUUGCUGCUGGCUACGACAUCGCUCUGCUCCGUCUCUCCCAGAGCGCAUCUCUGAACAGCAAUGUGCAGCUGGCCGCGCUGCCCAGUUCAGGCCAGAUUCUGCCAAACGACAAUCCUUGCUACAUCACUGGCUGGGGCUUGACCCAAACUAAUGGGAAGCUGGCUGAAAUCCUGCAGCAAGCUUCGCUUCCCAUCGUAUCCUACAGUAUCUGCUCCAGUUCCAGUUACUGGGGCUCCACGGUCAAGGACACCAUGGUGUGUGCUGGAGGUGACGGUGUGCGCUCUGGGUGCCAGGGUGAUUCUGGAGGCCCUCUGAACUGCCUGGUGAAUAGCAAGUACUACGUCUGUGGAGUGACCAGUUUUGUUUCCUCCUCGGGCUGUAACGUCUACCGGAAGCCCACGGUGUUCACCAGGGUGUCUGCCUACAUUUCCUGGAUCAAUAGCAUAACUAGCUGAACAGGCUGAGAGGAUGGACUCAAGGUCGAAGAACAAUCCCUUUUCCUAAUCGGAAUACACUCUCACGCUGUCCGUCUUCAUCUUCUCUACUGCCCAUCUGCUCAAUUAUCCCAUUUGCUCUGCAGCAUUUUACCUGUAACUCUAGUGCCAAUAAACCUAUGUUAAAAUUACUCUCUUCUCUGUUCAGUAGUGACGAAACCACAUACAAAGUCCCUUUCUUCUCCAGUCCCCAAUGAGGGUUCCUUUGGACAUGCAUGAUGGAACGUUUUCCCCUCCUGUACCUGACACCAACAUUAUGGCAAAGAUUAGUGUAGUGUGUUGGUUUGUGUUGUGGCAGUGAUGCCUCCUUUGAACGGUCCCCGCACCCUGGAGCGGUUUGAUUUGAAGCAUUAAUGACGUUCUACAGUGAUAAUGAGAAGUCCUUUUGUGUAGCGAUUUACGAGGGCUUUCCCGCACCAUGGAAAUCAAUCAAAUCAUCUAUCAUAGCUACUUCUAUGGCUCCCGUUAACUGAAGUAUCAAAGCACCUCCAGCCUCAAGGAACAGCUUGUUGGGAGAAGGGCAGGAACCGAGCUCCAUAAAUUUGACACACGCUGUUUUGACCAUUCACAAAAACAGGGGAAAGAGGAGGAAUGAUGGGUGACAGAUGUAACUUUCUUCCUCUCUUCCCCCCUGUAACCUUCAGCCCAAUGGUUAGGAUGCUCACCUAGGAUGGAGGAGAACCAGGUUCAAAUUCCUGCUCUGGAACAGACCUGAAACGGACUCGUUCAAUUUACCAAAAAUUCAAAAAAAAACAAAACCAAAUCUGAUUUCAGCUUGACCUGAACCAAAUUUACGUUUUUGGAACUGCCACCCAAAAUCAGUUACCAGCCCAGCUCUAGUCUUGAGGCCUUUCCAAGCAGCUCACUGCUACAGUAACUACCAGGAAAGAUCCCUGAGCAUUGAGCCUCAAGAUCUUGCAGAAAAAUCCACCUUACAGGCAUAGCUGGAAAGUGCCGGCCAACUUCCUCCAGAAUGUAAAAGCUUUGAAGGAGCCAGGAAGCUAUGCCCUCCCACUUUUUACUGGC